CUCUCUCUCUCUCUCACACACACACACACACACACCCAUCUUUGUGACGUUAGGUCCUCCUUUUAACGCGCAAGGUGAGGGUGUGGGAGAAGCAAUGAAUAAGGAGUUAGUGUAAAGCGCUCCGGAUCGAUCUCAUUCGCAUUAUCGCGCAUCAAACAGCACCGGGACGCACUUCUUCCGCAGCGGGAUCUAUUAAACUUUCCACACGCGGCUGGUGACAGCAGCGGAUCUCAGGUGACCAGGAAAUAGCGCGUGUGCCUCCGGCCAUGGCCCGGCGUAUAUCGCCUGCUGUUGUUUUUCUCUUUUAUUUUGGACUAUCGCAUGUUUUUGAGGUUGAAGCCAGAUUCCAGAAUUCUGUGGCCCUCCACAGGCAGAAGAGAGAAUGGAUCAUCCCUCCCCAAAUCUUAGAGGAGAAUGUGGAUUACACAAAGAGAGAGUUCAUUGCAAAAAUUCGCUCAGAUAAGGAAGACAUCAAACUGAAAAAUGUGAGGUACUCACUGAAGGGCGUCGGUGCAGACAAGGAGCCGUUCAAUUUAUUUGUGGUGAAUCCUGAAAAUGGAUAUGUCAGGAUAACGGGGAUCCUUGACAGAGAGUCCAUCGCACAAUACAAUCUUUCAGGCGUUGCUACAUUCACAGAUGGCACGAUUGCAGAAAAUGACAUUGGGCUGAGAAUCAGAGUGAAGGAUCAGAAUGAUAAUCCGCCUGUAUUUGGUCUGAUGGAUCCCGGGGCUGUAGACGAGCUCAGUCCAGCAGAAACGGAAGUAAUGAAGAUUAAUUGCUUUGAUGCCGAUGAGCCAGGAAACCCAAACUCUCAAAUCAAGUAUGAGAUUGUUGAGCAGCAGCCCGCUGGGGAGAGGAUGUUCAGAGUUGACAGUGACGGCAAAGUCCGUGUUGUCAAUCCUAACCUGGAUAGAGAGACCAUUGAUCAGUAUGUCCUGCUUGUCAAAGCAUCUGACCUGAAUGGAGCUCCAGGCGGCAAUGUCGCCACAGGGACGGUCAUCAUCAAGAUCAAUGACGUCAACGAUAAUGUGCCUACAUUGGAAGGCCCAUUUGAGGCCAGUAUUGAGGAAAAUACAGAGAAAGUAGAGGUGAUGAGACUCAAAGCAAGCGACCUGGAUCUUCAGGACACGGACAACUGGGUGACUAAGUGCUUUAUUGCAUCAGGCAAUGAGGCUGGAUACUUCAGCAUUCACACGGACACAAAGACCAAUGAGGCAGUCCUUAUGCUUGAUAAGGCUGUCGAUUAUGAGGAUGUCAAAGACCUGAAGCUUGGCAUUGGUGUAGUAAACGUAGCUCCAUUCCACUCCUCAGUGAGUGGAGGAGGACAAGUAAGCAAUAUCAACUUCGGGGGCACCAGUGGUGGCACAGGAGGAGGCGGUGCCAGUUCAGGCGGUUCAUGGUCAACAGCAGGGGGUCAGAUAUACAAUGUGAAUGUCAAGGUGAAAAACCAGCCUGAAGGACCCAAGUUCAUGCCCCAAACAAAAGCCAUCCCCAUCUCAGAAGGCAAGACUUUUAACAGCAAUGAAGUCAUCGCAAGAUACCCCGCCACUGAUACAGACACAGGAAAGGAAGCUACCAACGUAAAGUAUGUUAAAGGAUUUGACCCAGAUAACUGGCUGACCAUCGAUGAGACAACUGGAGCCAUUAAAAUGAACAAGGCUCCUGACCGCGAGUCCAAGUAUCUAGUUAACGGCACUUACUAUGCCCAUAUUUACAGCAUAACUCAAGACUUGCCUUCAAAGACGGCAACAGGCACCAUUGCCAUCCAAGUAGAGGAUUUUAAUGACCACUGCCCAACUUUGACAAGCAAAGUCAAUACACUCUGUACUGACAAGGAUGCCAUCUUAGUCACUGCAUUGGAUGAGGAUGCACCGCCCAAUGGAGCUCCAUUCACCUUCAAUGUUGUCCCAGAAGGAACUAUGGGGAAAUGGACAGUUGAGCAUUUAAACGAUACCACAGCCAUCUUCAGAACAAAUGAAAAGCUGUGGCCAGGAGAAUAUGAGCUGACGGUGGAUGUCAAGGACCAGCAGGGGUUGUCAUGUCCAGAACCUCAGAAAAUUCAGGUGGAUGUGUGCACCUGCACCAACCAGGGAGCUUGUGCCAGAGCAGGACCAAGUGGAAUAUCAGGAGCAUUUAAGGGAUCCAGGCUUGGACCAGCUGGAAUCGGCCUGCUCUUCCUGGGACUCCUUUCAUUAUUGCUCAUCCCACUCCUGUUGCUGCUGUGUCAGUGUGGAGCUGCGGGGAUGGCGGGAGCUUUCAGAGACAUGCCCUUUGACACUAAAGAGCAUCUCAUCUCUUACCAUACCGAGGGCCAGGGAGAGGACAGGGAUGUUCCACUCGAUUUUAUUGAUAAUGGAAGGUUAGAUUAUGCAUCAAAAGACGUGGGUGGCAUGAGUUUUUUUGGAGGAGGAGGAGCAGCAGGAGGAGCAGGAGGAACAGGCUUCAUGGAAUCCACUUCCACAAUGGGGUUUCGUGGCUACAAUGAAAUGGAAAUGUCCUACAUGGACUCGAUCAGAAGAAGUGAGACUCUUAGGAGUAGAGGAGUGGCUGGAGAUUUUGAUGGAAUGGCCGUGUCUGAUAUGUUCCUGGGCGAAUACUACUCACAGAAAAGCCGUGGAAUGGAGGAUGGAUUUGCUAAGAAUGGGCCUAAGGUGUAUGAUUUUGAAGGGCAGGGCUCUCCUGUGGGCUCUGUGGGCUGCUGCAGCAUCCUCGAAGAUAACAAUGACCUAGAGUUUCUCAAUGACCUCGGGCCCAAGUUCACUACUCUCGCUGAAAUAUGUGGAGGUAAAAAGAUUGAGGUCCCUGCUCCUCUUCCCCCACCUCCCAAACCCAUCGUGGGCCGUACCGAGGUGGUGUCUUCAUCAACCAACGUUAUAAAUCCUGGGAAUAUUACCACUAACAGAGCUAUAACUUCAAACACAUUGAAUAUAGCUUCCAACACGGCUACAACAUCAUCUACUCGUGUGGAGAACGUCAUGGUCACAGACAACCGGCCCACAGUGAUUACGAGUGUCCAACCGGCUCCAACACUCCUGGUGCAACCGCAGCCAAUGUACUACAUGGUGGAGCCGCAGCCCACCACGGUAAUGUUCACUGAAAGGCCCGCCAUGGGACAGAACAUGUACGUGCUGAACAGCGGCCCGGUAGCCGAGGGGGUUGUAGUCCAAGGCGCCAACAUAGCAACGAAUACCCUGACCCGCGGCGAGAGAAUGGUGCUUGUUGACAGGGGGGCACCUGCUCAGGCUGGGGUGCUGCAAAGAGGUAAUCUGUCUGGAUCACAAGUGCUCCUGGUGGAUGGGGGAGCCACGAGCGGUCAAGCCCUUCAGGGGACGCUUCAGAGAGGGGUUGCUGGAUCUCAGGGCCUGAUGGUUGUGGAAGGACAAGGGGGUCAUGUGAUUCAGGGGUCCCUCCGAAAAGGUGUUUCCACUCAUGGUGGAUCUCAAAAUGUCUUUUAUAUGGAGAGCAAAGGGGGAUCAGGUGUGGGUGUUCAAAAGGGGAUGAUGUCCACUGCAGGGUCAUUCGGAAGCAUCGGAUUAGGUGGGUCAUCUGUCCCGAUUAACCAAAACCCAUCCUCACAAAAAGUCGUUGUCCAGGAGAGAAAGGUUGUGACAACACAAAGUGUCAAGCAAUAAUGCAACACUCAUUCAGUACUUGUCUUCAGAGUUAUUCAGAAGUCUUCAGAGCUCAUGCAUGCAAAUCAUUAGAGUUUCAUGUUGUUACCAUGUAAGGUCACAUAGAAUAUGCAAAUAAUGCUUGAAAACUGUUUUUGGUUAAUAGCCUUGAGGUUUACUUCUCUGUAUGUGUAGUGCACUAUACUUUAUUUCAUUUUUUCCCCUUGCCUAUAGAUUAUAUGUUACUGUAUGUGUGCAUUCAGUGUGUGCUCUGUAAAGUCUGUUGUUUGCGGAAAAUAUGCACAAGUUGCCCUGAGGCCAUUCCUAGUUUAUGCAAAUCAGCUGAAAGCUAUUUUAGAUAAGUGCAGAUAUAUGAGAACAUAUACAGCCAGAAGUCAGUUGAGUACAGUACAAAAGACUAUAGAAGGACAGAUGUUUUUUUGUUGUUGUUGUUGUUUUUUUUAAUUUCAGUGCUGUAAAAGACAAUUCAUGAAUCAAUUGUGGCAAUGUAUAUUUUGGGUAGCUGUUUAUAUAAACGAUCAGUGUGUUUCAUUAACCAUUACUGUUAGGGUUUGCAUUUUUUACAGUACUUUUCAUUCCUCUUCUUAGUUACUGUUUGUAAACAAGUUGGAAGUCUGAUUAGUAAGUCUGUGUUUAGAAGCUUAUGGUUUAUCUUUGCAGUGUGGUUAAAUAAAAAGACCAAACCCACGUUCCAAGUAAUAAUGAUCAUAUGUAUGAAAUGAAUGUUAUAUAAAAAUGUCUUAUUUUUUUUCUCUCAAAAUGCUUUAAUUUAAGAAUACUGUAGCUAAAGCACAUUUCUUUUGUUUAGUCAAAUUUAAUGCUAAAUACUAAAAAAAAAAAAAAAAUUGGUGCUGGGAUUUUUCUAUUCACAGCUCUGGAUUGGUAAAAAAAAAAAAUAUUUAAUUUUUUGAAGUUUUUUUGAAGGGAUGGGAAGUGGUUUCCAACUUUCCCAGAAACUGACUCAAUAGCUACAUGGUGGGAAAGUGUUACUAGUUUUCACAGAUAAACUUUUUUCAGGGGUCAAUAUUGUAAAGCAGCUUAAGGCUGUUUAGAACUUCUAUUUUUUAAUGCAGAUUUUAUAAAUGUUUCAUAUGUUUCACUGUGGAACAGAAUUCCAAAACACAAUAAAAAGUCAUUUUAAUGUCA